UUCCUUACGCACGCGCCGUAAAAGUCAUCACUGUGUAUACGUUUCCAUAGGGAGCGGACACGCGCGUGCACACACAGACACACACACACACGCGCGCGCGCGCCUUAUCGUAAGAGCCGAGGAUUAAACGUUGCGUUAAUUUUAUCUGUGGAAACUUGGUGCUAUCAGCAGAGACAGACGGUGACCAGAGCAACGGAAGAAUGGCUGACAAAGUAGAUUGUUGACUCUCGGCUGAACUACAUGAGCAGGACCCAAACUUUCCCAACGAUGGACCGGUUUCUGAGAGACGAUUUAUGAACCUGAAGAAAAGAAAUGAUGAAUCGAUAUACCACGCUGAGGCAGCUGGGUGAUGGCACCUAUGGCAGCGUGCAGAUGGGGAGAAGUAAUGAGUCUGGAGAACUGGUGGCUAUCAAGAGGAUGAAGAGGAAGUUUUACUCGUGGGAGGAAUGUAUGAACCUACGAGAAGUGAAGUCACUGAAGAAGCUGAACCAUGCAAAUGUGGUGAAACUGAAGGAGGUCAUCAGAGAGAACGAUCACCUCUACUUUGUCUUUGAGUACAUGAAGGAAAACCUUUACCAGCUCAUGAAGGACAGAGAGAAUAAGAUGUUCUCAGAGAAUGAAAUUAGGAACAUCAUGUUUCAAGUGCUGUCUGGGUUGGCUUUUGUACAUAAGCAUGGUUUCUUUCACCGAGACAUGAAGCCAGAGAAUGUGUUGUGCAUGGGUCCAGAACUGGUCAAAAUAGCAGAUUUUGGACUGGCCAGAGAGAUCCGCUCCAAACCUCCGUACACAGACUACGUGUCGACCAGAUGGUAUCGGGCCCCAGAGGUCCUGCUCAGGUCAUCCAUCUACAGCUCUCCUAUUGACCUGUGGGCUGUGGGCUGCAUUAUGGCUGAGCUCUACACACUUAGACCUCUGUUUCCUGGGAACAGUGAAGUGGAUGAGAUCUUUAAGAUUUGCCAAGUCCUGGGCACUGUCAAAAAGAUGGAUUGGCCUGAAGGAUACCAACUUGCAACUGCAAUGAACUUCCGCUUCCCCCAGUGUGUGCCGACCCACCUAAAGACACUGAUCCCAAAUGCCAGUCACGAGGCCAUCGCUCUGAUGAAGGACAUGCUGCAGUGGGACCCCAAAAAAAGACCCACAGCCGUGCAGGCUCUACGUUACCCGUACUUCCAGGUGGACCAAGUGUUGGGGCCACGUCCUCAAAGCCAGGAGGUCAAGAAAGUGCAAGCCAAGCCUCUGGCCAAUAAGCCGGUCCCGGAGUCCAAGACGGAUCCUAAGCAGUCUUCCUCCGAGUCCAAAGCCUCCACACCACCCUUCAGAAAUCAUCAGCAGCAGCAGCAACAGCAUCAUCAGCCUCUUCAGCAGAUCCCUUUGUCCCAAGCUGAAAGUAAACCCCCAGGUGUUAGCCAUGCAAAAACAGAGCUUGGGGGAAGUGAGAACAACGCUGGGGCUGGUGCGGCGGGUACGCUGAAGAGUAGCCGUCGUCGCUGGGGCCAGACGGUGGCCAAGACCUCAGAAAGCUCGGAUGAUUGUGACUCACUGGAAAACGCUGCUUCAAACUCGAAGAAACCAAGUCUGGGGAAAGCAGAAGGGGAGAGGAGCUCUAAGGAGCACCACUCACAGCCCAAGGAGCAGAAACCUCUGUAUUCCUUCAGCACAGUGACCAAGCUGCCCAACAAUGUCAAGAUCGGCCAGGUGGACUGCAAUCUUCCAGGAUCUGCGGCACGCCAGCACUAUCUCAGCCAGUCACGAUACCUGCCUGGGUUGAUUGGCAAAAACCACACUACAUUGGGAGAUAAAGAGAUGAGUGGCAUGACGCUGCGAGAUCUGUGGGAGAACUCGAACACUGUAAACAAACCGCUCGCUCCUAUUGGAGGAGAAUUGUCUGUCACCAGAACCAAUGCAGAAGAGAACGCAGCCGAGUCUGUGGAUAGUCCACUAGAGGGAACUGUUGUUAAGGAAAGAAUACUGGAGAAAAUUGACCUCUCCAAAGGGAACUUUGUAAGCACCAAGUACAGCCUCGCUGGUGGUUACAUCCCUUCAUUCCAAAAGAAAGAGGUGGGCUCAGUGGGGCAGAGAAUCCAACUUGCUCCUUUGGCUGGACAGCACACAAAAAAAACAAAAGCUGCAAAGCCCACGCUCAUGUCCAACUCAUCCUUAAGUGAAUCCAAUGAAGAUUACGAGGGCUGGAAGAGGAGGACAGAAGGGACUCAGUUGAAAGGGAACAGCUAUUCAGCUUUGAGGAAAACCUCCGGGAAUCUCCUGACCAGAGCUCCUGCUGCCCAGCCGGUCCAUGGAAGAGUGGACUGGACAUCCAAGUAUGGUGGAAAUCGGUAGUUCAGGCAAGAGGACUCUACAGCUCCUGCCCGUUUUGUGGGACGAUCCUGAGCAGUUUCACACACAACUAAAACCCAGAGGAGUGCGACACCUUCCAGACAUUUUUUCAUAUCGUGCAAGGAAUCUCUAUGUUUUAGAGAUGAAGGUUGCCAUGACCAAAGACUGACAUUGUCUGCAAGACAAUCCCACAGUUCCUGAAGGAUCCUGUGUGCGCCAAUUCUACAGUUAGUGUUUGAACAAUCUAAUUAGAUUCAAAUCUAGCACAGCCUUUUUUUAAAAACGAGUUUUUAUUUGUCAAGUAUUGUUUCAAAACCCAUGCACAAAAUGGGAGCAGCCUUUCAAACUGAUCUUAUUCAACAUUCUCAGCUUUUAUCCACCAUAAUGUACAGUAGGUGAUAGAUACACAUUUCCGCUGUAAAUUCAUGACAUUUAGGCUUGCAUUAACUUUAUCUGAGUAUAAUAAGGCUGCAAUCUUUCGCAUCAUGCAAUGCAUACACUGAACGUUUUGUAAGCAUUUUAUACAAAUAAAUAUUCAAAGGUU